AUGGAAAAAAUAGUUAAAGAAAAGGAUUGCAAGUUGCUUUAUACGGACACGGAUAGCUGUUUUUACGUGCAUCGGCGAGGACAAACGCCUCCUUUUCGUGUUGGUGAAAUGCUUGGUAUGAUGGAUCGCGAAUAUGGAGAUUGGAACAUUAUUGCAUUCUAUACUGGAGGGUGCAAGCAGGUAUACAAACAUUUUUAA